ACAACGUAUCUCCACACCCCAGUCACCAUGAGCUUAUCUGCCAUUGGGGUCGUCAGUGCCAUCAAUGAGUGUGUCACUUUGUGGCAGUGGGCCAAAUCUGCCAUUUCAUCUCGAUGGAGUGGCUCACAUGAUCAAAUUCUUCAGGAUCGCGUAUUGCAGCUUGAGAGUGGCCUACAACUUCUCAGGGACACUCUUCCUGCAAUGCACGACCUUAUUAAUAAAGCUGAGUGGAAAAGCCAUGAACGCGGUGUGGCCAGUCUCCUUCCAAAUCUCAAGGAUGCAGUGUGUGACGCCGAGGACCUUCUCGAUGAGUUCAGAUGGUACGAGUUGAAGCUGCAAGUGGAGGGUGAUGCGAACCAAUCUUCUCUGCUUGACUUCUUUGGCACCGUCAUUCCAGGUAGCUUCGAUAAACUAAAUGAUGUCCAGUUGAGGCUAAAUCAUCUUUCAAUUCAGAUGGAGAAUAUGGGGCUCCGUGGAGUUACACAACACUUUGACAAAUUAGUCAGACCUGAGACCACCUCUUUGCCAAAUGAAACAAAGAUAUUUGGUCGUGAUAAGGAACUGAAGCAGGUAUUGGGAUUUCUCAAUGUACCAAUGAAUUCAAAACGCAAGAGAGCAACUUGUUCAGUGAAUGCAUCAACAAGCAACCUAGUUAAUGAUACAUCAAGAAUAUAUAGUCUUCCUAUUUUGCCAAUAGUUGGAAUUGGUGGUGUUGGAAAGACUACUUUGUCCCAACAUAUCUGCAACCAUCAACGAGUGAAGUCUCACUUUGAGCUGAUAAUUUGGAUUUGUGUCUCAGACAACUUUGAUGUGAAGAGGCUAACCAAAGAGGUCAUACAAUCCUGUAACGGAAAGGAGGCAACAACUGACAAUUUGGAUUCUCUUCAGCGUGCUUUGUCUAACCAUGUGAAAAACAAAAGGGUAUUGAUAGUCCUUGAUGACAUGUGGGAUGAUUCCUUGAAGGAAAAUGGGCAAUGUUGGAAGAGGUUUUGUGCACCUUUUACAAGUGUUCAAGAGGGAAGUAUGAUGUUGAUCACCACUAGAUGCCCCAAGGUUGCGGAGGGGGUGCGCACAAUGGAGCACAUUAAAUUAGAAGGUCUAGAGGACUCCAUCUUCUGGAAAUUCUUCAAACUGUGCGCAUUUGGGUCCGAGAAUUCUAUAAAUGAUCCAGAGUUAGAGUGCAUCGGUAGAAGAAUACUUCCUAAACUAAAGGGUUCUCCUUUGGCUGCCAAAACUCUAGGACGCAUGUUAAGCAUGGACAUGCAAGCAUCACAUUGGAAUUCUAUACUUGUGAGUGAAUUGUGGGAGUUGAGACAAGAGGAUACUGACAUUUUACCGGCCCUUCGGCUGAGCUACAUGUAUUUGCCAUUUUAUUUGAAGCAAUGUUUUGCAUUCUGUGCUGUAUACCCCAAAGAUUAUAAAUUCCAAAAGGCAUGCUUAGCUGAAAUUUGGGUGGCGGAAGGCUUUGUGGAUCCUCAAGGUCGUGUUCCAAUUGAAGAUAUUGGUUGUCGGUAUUUUGAAGACCUUGUAGCUCGGUCCUUCUUUCAGAAAGCUAGUGGUGGAUACAUAAUCCAUGACUUACUGCAUGACAUGGCACAGAAAGUUUCGGAGCAUGACUGUUUCAUCUUAAGAAAUAAGAGUGAAUUUGAUAAAGUUCCCCAAAAUGUUCGUCAUCUAUACGUACUCCCUAGCAAUGACUUUGAUGAUUCCACCUUGUUGAGACUAUCCAAAUACACAAAGCUGCGUACUCUAAUUUGCAAGAAAAAUUUAGGGAAGAUGACAGGCUUUGUACUGGACCACUGGUGUACUAAACUUAUGCGCAUGCGUGUGAUUUCUUGUGCCUCCACAAACGAGUUACCAGAGAGUAUUGGAAAUUGGAAACAUCUUCGGUACCUUGAAAUCUCCAGAGCUUGUCCUUUGAAGAGGAUUCCUUCAACUUUCUGUUGGCUAUAUAAUCUGCAGAUUUUAUAUGCCAAGAAAUGCAAGCUAGAUAGCUUGCCCAGUGACUUUGAUAAGUUGACCUGUUUACAAAAAUUUGAAUCACUUGGAUUAGCAUAUUGUGCCAGGAACAAUACCACACUAAAUCGGGAUCAUGCAACAGAAGCUGAACCGGAGAAUAGGAAAUAUCUUGAUGAAUUGACAUUGGUUAUGGGUUCAGACAUGUCUCAACCUCCCAUCGGUCUCAAGUCUCUAUUCCUCAAGAACUAUGGUGGUUCCUCUCUCCCAAGCUGGUUUCAGCCACAAAACUUGCCAAGUUUAGCAUCACUUGGUUUUGAAAGUUGUGAUGGACUCAAGAGCAUAAACUUAAAUGAGAGACCUGCAGUUGGAGGCAGCAUUACAACAUUCUCGUUCCUUACUGUCCUAACAGUUAAAAAUUGUGAUAGAUUGUCCACCCUUGAUGACCUCCUAACACAAGAAUAUAUACCUGCUAUUGAGAAAAUUCACAUCGAAGAUUGUCCGUGGUUACUGUCCGUUCCUGGUCAAAGGUUUGGUAGUUUUUGUUACCUGAAACAUCUGGCGGUUAUAGUGUGCCCAAGUAUCAACUGGCAAAGGGGAUUGGUGUUGCCAUCAUCUCUCCGAAGUCUCAGCUUACUAAAAUGUGGGGAUAUCUCUCCAUAUGUUCCCAGCUGCCUAAAGAACCUUGCAUCUCUUGUCUCACUAAACAUUGAUGGUCUGCGUAUAACAUCCAUUCCAGGCAACAUUUGGCACAGAAAUCUUGCAUCACUUGAGGAAUUAGAGAUUUCAGAUUGUCCAGACCUAGUUUCAAUUGGUGGAGCAAAGGCGGUUGCAAAAAUAAAGAGGGUGCUGAUAUUGAGGUGUCCAAAGUUAGAGGAAGCGGAGCAGAUCAAUAAAAGAACCCACCUAAAGGCCAGCAUGCAGGAAUCCGUAGCUGCAUUAUUUGGACGUAGGAAGGCCCGAGGACAAGGAAACUUACUUGUCAGUGACAAUGAAUGAAAAAUGUGUUGUUUACGGCAUGCCUUGUGCCUUUCUCUCCGUGGCUGCUUCUCCCUUCUUUCUACCGUUUUAUUCCAUCAAUUAUUUCCCAUAUUUGUCCUGAUAUCUAUCAGUUCCCAAUGUGAACAAUCCUAGGAAACUUGCUGUAACCUGUGAAACAACAGAGAAGCGUAUCUCUAAGGAGUGCGGCGUUUGAGCCCGGGCACCGGAGUGGAUUAUCGAUCUCUAGGACAUGUUUUAUUAUGUUUACCAAUGUUGUGUGUUUUGGUGUAUCUUAACUCUGGAAUGUGUUCAAGCUUCCAUGCCUGCAUUC